UUUCUGUUUCUACCGGUUACGAGCAAUCAACAUCUACAGGAUCCGGAAAGUUACAAUAAUAAUGCAAUUUCAAACAGCAGAAGAAAAGGACGCAUCUGAAAGCACAAAUCAGAGCAUCAGAUCCGUCAAUUAGAUGGUUUUCUUCUUCGUUAUCAUAUUCUAAUGUCGACCUUAAUCGCCAAUUCGCCAUCAGGGACGCUGCUCAGAACGGCGGAGACUACUCCCCGGCCAAGGAGAAGGCGGUGAGCAGAGGAGUAUAAAAUGGCCGCUUGCCGCUCCUCCACCGCCGCAUGCGGCAUUUGUUCCGCGGCUGUAGGUUUAAGCUCCUGUUUUCCAUUUGCCUCCUCUGCGCCUUGGUUUGGUUCCGUUCUCGAAUCGGCUGUUUCAUGGGCUGGAACCCUCAGUAUCCUUCCUCUGUCUAUUCUCCUUCUCGGGGUGGGUACACGGUGCUUAUCAACACAUGGAAGAGAAAUUCAUUACUUAAUUAAGCAAGCAGUUGCUCAGUAAUCAGUAUGCAUCUUGCAAGGGGACUGAUGCAAUGUGUGGAGUGAAAGUAAUCUACCAUCUGAAGGUUCAAGUCAAUAGAAGAUCUUAGAACAGAUCAAUAUUCUCGGUUGAUGAUGAUGCAAUAGUUCCAUGCCAUACACUGGAUUUUGCAUUUAGUGUAUGGCAGACUGCUCCACUCACAAUGGUCGGAUUUGUUCCUCAUAUGCAUUGGCUAGUCGAGGAGCACGAAAAUAGUGUGCCAUAUAUUAUAAAUAUGGAGGAUGGUGGUCAGUUUGGUGGAUGGGUACUUACAGUAUGGUUCUCUCAAAAGCAGCAUUUUUCCGCAGAAAAUACUUGGACUUGUAUGCUUCCCAAAUGCCCACAUCAAUUCAUGAUUAUGUAACCACGGAGAGGAAUUGUGAGGACAUUGCAAUGUCUCUGCUUGUUGCAAACACCACUAGUGCUCCUCCAAUUUGGGUCAAAGGGAAGAUAUACGAGAUUGGCUCGAGUGAGAUAAGCAGUCUUAAAGGGUACAACGACAAGAGAAAUAAAUGUCUCAAAGAUUCCAUUUCGCUGUAUGGAACUAUGCCUCUGGUCUCAACAAACUUAAAGGCUGUGGAUGCAAGAAGCCAAUGGUUCUGGUAACUAUUUACCUGUGAUUUAGUACACUACAUUGUUUCCUUGUAUAGAAUGGCCUUCUGUACACUCAGUUGUGGAAUACAUGGCACGCACGCACGCACGCAAACAUAUGUUAUAGUCAUUGUUGUUUCUCUGAGAAACUUAAUAUAGAUGCCAGCAGUCCAGCACUGACCCUUUCAAAAAAAAAAAAAA